ACUAACGGAAAAAACACCGAGUUAUGAUGUUUGGUUAUCAGGAAGUGGACUAUUUGAUAAACGAAGAAACGAAUUCUUUGUUGUACGCGGGAGUUUAUUCGUAUUGCGAGAUUCAAAUGGGUGCAGAACGGAAGAUGCGACAGCAGAAAAAUCUAUCGUGUUUGUGCCUGGAAAGACUUUGCCAGUAUCUGCUGGUUGUGACUGA